GAAACAAGUCUCACAAUAAAAACUGUCAACAAAAGUCUACUCGUCGCUUCAUCAAAUUAUAGUGACCUUUGCGAUUAAAAUAUAUCCGCAGACGAAAAUGGAUUCGUCCUGUUUACUUAAAAAUGAUGUUAAAUAUUCAGCUCAAAGAACAUUUUUUCAAUGGGCCGUUAAAUGGUUUUAUACACAAAUUAUCGAAGACACUUCAUCGAAACCUGAUGUUCCAAAUUUGGUGAUGCUUUUGCAAGCGGUUGGCUUUCAUCUUCGAGAAUUUGAGAAACAGGAUUUAACACAAGAAGAAAAUGGACCUGCAAAAGAGUCAAUCAAAGUGACGAUAAAAUGUGGUACAUCAAAAAUGAGGGCUGUCUUAGAAAUGGAUGGAGUUGAUUGUCAAUGUCCAAACGAAGUUAAAGAUGGUUCUUUAUGGAGUAUAUGUGGUCACGCUCCCAACAGUAAUGAUAGCAUUGGGAGUUCAAAAUAUGAAGAGACAGGAAGUAAUCUUCUUCCAACAAUUCCUAAAGAAGUGAACAAUGUCGCUAGGGAUGUUGUCUAUCGACUUUUCAAAAUAAUGAACAAUCCAUCAGCAAUUUCUAGUGCAAAAUCAGGCAAUGAUCUUGAUCUCGAUGCAAUUGGAAAUGUCGACAAUUCAUCAGACAAUCAAGAGGGUCUCAGUCGCAGUCACACUCAACCAAAUUUCUCAACUAUUCACAGUCAUUCCAUCAACAAUAAUAAAUUUUUGCCAACUAAGAAUACGUUUAAUUCAAAAUUAAACGAAAGUGUCACAAAAUUCACGGAGGACAAUGAAAAUGAUUUGAAUAUAAGAAGAAAGUCUCUGCAAAGACAAAAAACUUGGGACAUGGAGUUGGAAGCGACAUCUCCAAAAAUUACAAGUUCACCUACUUCCGUAGACCACAUGUGCAACUCUCUAGGACAUAUUUCUCUGAAAAGUGAAGACGAUUCCGGAGGAUUCAUCGAUUACGUUCUAAAAGCCUACGAUCAUUUAGACAAGGCCGUUAAUUUUCUAACCAAAAAAGCACCCAUCACUUCUUCAACUCUAUCACUGAAUGAUCACAGCUUCGUGAAACCAACACCACCUCCAGCAAAGAGCAUUGCAAAUUCCUCCAUAAGUUCAAAGGGCAGUUCACGUCUUGGAUCAGUUUCCUCGGUGCCAAGUCGUCGAAGAACAAUUGCAUUAACGACAUCGCCAUUUACACGAAAAUUAACAGAGAAGUCGGCACUGCCAAAAAUUGAAGUCUCCAAAACUCCAACAAGACUCAGUAGUCCCCUAGUGUCUUCAAUACCGAAAAAAGCGAUUCCCUCCAGAUUAUCGACUCCAAGAUGUCGAUCGUCAUCCAUUUCUGCAAUGAAUUCAUCAUCACCCAUAAGUGACAAAAAUACUUUAACAAAAACAUUUACUCCACCGUUGGCAAAAAAAGUCAAUACCUUCGGUCUCAAAAGAUCAAGUCUAGCAGCCAAUACAUCCCUUCAGUCGAAUUCUUCACUUAAAUCCAACACCUCGUUACUCUCAAACACUUCAUUGAGAUCAAAUACUUUAGCCAAGUCAACGUUAAUUAAGACACCAACCACUGUCUCAAAAUUAACACCACCCACUUUGAUUUCAAACGGAAAAACUAGAUUUGGAUUUCCUGCAAAGUAAACAAAAAAGAAAUUAAAAUAAAUCUAAUUUAACUAUAAGAAAAAAUGACUGACAAAUAACCAUUUUAAAAUGACAAAUUCGUAAAAUUGUUAUUGCUGUGCCUUGUAAAA